AUGGCCCUUCUCUUCACAACGGAUCUGGGUGAUGACCCCAAUACCACGCACCGCCUUAACGCCUGUGCUUACCAGCAGUCGGCCAUCACGACCUUCGACAGCAUUCAGUAUGUCGCUUUCUAUACUUCGUAUGAAGCAUCGGAAGGCAGAAGAGUUACCAUUGCGCGUCAUGACAUCAAGGACACUUCUUCCGAUUGGCAAUAUCUGACCUUUGAGGACUACGAACAAACAACCGACGACGGACAUAACACAAUAUCUAUCGGGAUCUGUGCUGGUGAUGGAACGGUUCAUGUGUCUUUUGACCACCACUGUGACAUGCUGAAAUAUCGCAUUUCACGACCAGGCCUGGCCAACGACCCAAGUAGAUCGAGUUGGACAGCAACCAGUUUCAGUUCAAUUUUGGAUCAUUUACCCGGAUGUGAUAGCUUGGUGGAUGUAACAUAUCCCCGAUUCAUACCUGCGGGCAAGCAGAUUUAUUUCGAGUGCCGCAUCGGAAAAGCAGGUGCCGGUUCCGAUAUCCUGUACUGCUAUUAUCCCGACACCGCACAGUUUGCUUAUCUGGGAGCCUAUCUAGUGGGAAGGCAGUGCAAUCCAUACCCGAACGGACUUUCAUACCACCCACCCACUAGCAGCUUGCACGUUACUUGGACCAACCGUCACUUUAUCGACUACGAGGGGGCGAACGAUGGUGCCUCGACAGCUCACAAAGCGCAGGCUGGCCCCAAUGGCCCAGAGAAUAACGAAGGCUUAUACCAUGCGUACAGUAGAGACAAUGGAGUUUCGUGGUAUGGUUCAGACCACCAGCCAGUGGCUAUACUGUCAUCGCGUCCAGGGACCGGACUCGAUUCCCAGGAUGGUCGACUGCGAGCGAAAGAUAUCCCUCGGAAUAGUGGCAUUAUGAACCAGGAGGCACAGCAUGUUGAUGCUAACGGAGGAGUUCAUGUGCUGAACCGGGAAAAUGUCAAUGGAAAUGAAACGUGGAUGCACUACUACCGCUCCUCAUUAAGCGACCAAUGGGCCUCCUUCGCGCUACCUGGUCUUUAUCCAACCCCUACCGGACCUCGCGGCAAGGUCAUCCACAGCGAGAAGCUCGAUACUGUCUUCUUUAUUCUUCCAUCGAAUACGGAGCAUGAACUGAUAAUUACACGGCGGAGCAUGGGUGAUACAAGCCAAAAGCUUCAUGUAGUGUGGAGGGACAUUGGAUACACCGGGGAGCCACUGGUCGACAAAGAGGCAUUUGCUCAAUUUGGAAUCCUCUCGAUUUUCAUCUUGAAGGACAUCGAGGAGGGAAGAAGGAAGGUCGUUGUGCUACAGUUUGACCUCAGUGAACUCGCAUGA